AUGGCUAGUAAACGAAAAAGAUUAAGUAUGAAAGAAAAAUUGAGAUUCUUGAAUUUCGAGUGUGUAAUACAAAUAUGGGUGUUCGUGCGUUUGCAGACAAGUUUAGUGUUAGUAAAAUACAAAUCGCGAAUAUCAUAUCUAAUAAGGUCGCACUUUACAAAACUUUACAAAAAAAUUAUAGAGAAUGAAUACAUAACACUAGACGAUCAUGUAGAGACUUACGACACCGAUAUCAACAACAGUACGAAUAUGUCCACACUAAAUGAGGGGUAGAAAGCGACGAAGAAAAAGAUGAUACCCAAGAUCAAGAAAAGGAUCUAACUCCACAAAUAGGAAGUCUACAGGAGGCACUGACAGCAGUGCAGGGUGUACGUGAAUACAUUUCUUCUAUCGAUACACAGAAUAUUUCAUUGUUCACCAACGCAGUUAAAUUACAAAAUGCCUUAAUACACGCAAUUACUAUGCAUCGAGCUAACAAAUGCAAACAAGCUAAAGUAACUGAUUUGUUCAAUAAAUGUUAA